AUGGAGGAUGGGGACGAGAUUCCUGUAAACGAGAACCAGAGACUCGAAGAGGUUUCCGGCGACUACAGGGUCCCAGACACGGCCCAGGACAUGGUCCAUACCGGGGAACAAGAUCCGGCUCAGAGCCAGAUGUUGACUUGGAUAAUGAUCAACUUACGCCAAAUGUUCAUUAGCUGCGGAACAAGAGGCUAUGCCAACUGA